ACGUGCUUGUGACAUAUACUAUCUACAGUACCUAAUGCUGCUACCUAACCCGCCCACACACACUCCUUCGACUCGCCCAUAACGAAAAGUCAGUGCAGCGUCAUAAACACAGUUCCGGGCUCAACAACAGCCGGGCGCAGCAGCAGAAAUAAACCAACAUCCAGAGCUUAUGGCUCUACAUCAACCACAAGCCGCUAUGCUGGCCCAUGUUGGUGUGUCCCAGCGGUUCGACCACCAGGGCCCGCUUGGCCAACACCAGCAUCAGCAAGAGCGCGCCAUUUGGUCAUCGCAGUGCCAAAGUUUGCGGCGGCAGGGGAUGAAUCCCUUGGGCACGGGUGGCUGGAUGGAGCAGUCCUCGGGACCUAUCGACUACCUCAGUCUUGAAGUCUCUGCCGGGGAAGAUUGUUGUUGUUCUGGGAGCUUGUCCGCUUUCGAGACCCCAGCCUACAGUGCUGAACUGCUGGGCUUACAAACACCUGCCACGGAGCCCGGUUUCUCCAACGAUUGUAGUGAGAACCGCCAGCAUUUCAGCCAAGCCGACUUCCAGGAGUUUCAGUUUGCAGAAGCGAGUAGGUAUGACACGACGCCGGCAGCACAUGGGAUGAUGGCAUACGACUCGGUCCUAACAGCCCGGCUAUUCUAUCCCACCCGCCAUGCCAAUGGCAUGCCGGGACCCUCGGUCCCCGCAAGCCCCCACACCCCCGAAGAGCGCCCGGCGGCAAAACGCCAGCGGAGCCAUGACGCGGCGUCGUCAAUACCCACGGUUCUGCCCGUCACGGAUUCAUAUCCUCCUCGGCCACGCCGCAACAAGGAGAGGAAUCGUCUGGCCGCCCGCCGUUGCCGCGAGAAGUCCAAGAAGCAGAUCGACACUCUGAGGCAGCAGGAGCACGAACUGGCCAUACAGCAGGCGGAGCUGACUGCCCAAGCCGCGAGCCUGCGCGAGGAGGUGAUGCAGUUGAAGAGCGAAAUCCUCCGGCACGGCGCGUGCGACUGCAACUUCAUACAGAAAUACCUAGCUGAGACGGCCGAGGCCAUAGCUUGAGCCAACGGUCUUCAGUCUGUCCUGAGGACACCCGCGUUACCCAUUAGGUCCUAACUUUUAGUUACGAGCGGUCGGAAAUACGGCUGGGACGCAUCGAACUCGGGCAAAAGGCUCGCCCUUAAUGCGCCGAGAUACUUUUAACAGCCGACUUCUCCGUACCUAUUGCUCCUCGGUUUCUUACCACCCCCGCGAAUUUGACCGCGGCGCACUGGGCGUUGACAAAGAAUGAUAGGUUAGCGUGGAAUCGGAACUCCAACUUUGCAUCGUCAAGCUCGAUGUUGAAGUACCCGUGGAGACAUAUGUUGUGCCGGUGCCAUCACACAACAUGAGACCACAGCCUUCAUGCUCAGCAUACCGUCCACGGCAGUCUGGAUCAU